CAUUGGGGAUGGAUUAGGAUGGUCUCUUAUAAGUGACAUGCAAAAGGGUCUAAUACAUGCAGUGAAUAAUUUGUUACCACUUAUUGAGCAUAGAAUGUGUGCAAGACACAUCUAUGCAAGAUGGGGAAAAAUCUAUCCAGGGAAGGACUUGCAUAUUCAAUUUUGGUGUAUCGCAAGAUCUACAAGUGAACCUGAAGUGAAGAAACAAAUUCAGAAAAUGAAAGACUUGAAAGGAGGAGCUAAAGCUGUGGAGGAAUUAUUGGAUAGAUGGCCAAUUUCAGGUUGGUGCAAUGCAUUCUUCUCUGAUUUAAUCAAGUGUGAUGUUAUUGAUAAUAAUAUGUGUGAAACAUUUAAUGGAGUAAUAUUAGAAUCUAGAAGCAAGCCAAUAAUCACAAUGCUUGAAGAUUUUAGACAGUAUGUAAUGAUUAGGAUUGCUGUGAAAAGGCAGUUUGCAUUGAAAUGGAAAAAUUCCUGUGGGCCUAACAUUCUUGCUAGGAUUGAAAAAGAAAGAAAGAAAACUUCCAAGUGGCAGGUAGAGUGGAAUGGGGGUGCAAGCCAUGAGGUUUUUAGAGAUGACUUGAUGCAACAUGCAAGGGAAGGAUAUGUAGUAAUGUUAGCAUGCCAAAGUUGCUCAUGCGGAAAAUGGAAUAAAAGUGGAAUUCCAUGUGAGCAUGCAUUGGCCGUUAUUUCAUUUAAUGGGGUAGAUCCAGUGGAUUUUGUGGCAGAAUGGUUUAAAAAAGAAACAUAUGUGAGAGCAUAUAGUUUCACUGUUAAUCCAGUAAAGGGUAGAGAAUUUUGGCCAGUCAGUGAUGAAGGCCCUUUGCAGCCACCUGUAGUGAAAAAAAUGCCUGGUAGACCAGUGAAGAAGAGGAGGAGAGAACCAUUGGAGGGGAAACAUGGAAGCAAAACAAAAAUUUCUAGGCAUGGCAGAGUUUUUAAAUGUACAAUAUGUCAUGAGGAAGGGCAUAACAAGUUAAGAUGUCCAAAAAAAGAUAACAAUAUCCCAACUGGUUGCCCCCAAGUUGAGACAUCUCUAGUACUAGAUGAGACUAAUGUUGGAAACAGGCAGAGAAGACAAAGAAGAAUGUCAGGUGCUACACAAGCAUCAAAAGGGAAAAAAAAGAUGCAUGCUAGUGUUCAAGGGUCUGGGCCUCACCUUGGUGGAGUAAUUGUUGGGAGAGACAACCCACAAUUUGCUUCAUUCAUCACUGCUGGAAAGUUAAAUGCACUAAAAAGCAGGGAAAAUGCUGCAAACCAAACCAAAGAUGGAGAUCAGAGUGAGCUAACCUCUAUAGCUUUUGAAGAUGCAGCUUUCCCAACACAAGAUAGCAUGACAUCAGCUACAACUCAAGGAAAAAAACUCGAUACUAAAAACAAGCGACCAGUUUGA